UAUUAUUUAUUAUUAUUUGGACUAAAGUUCUUACAAAAGCUCUAAUUGAUGCUCCGGAGAAGCUGUUACUUGCCUGGCUUGGCUCCAUAAUGUCAUUGGGCCAGCUUGUAGAACAGACGCAUAAGAUAUUACAACAGCUGAAGCAAAUACAAGAACAGCUGGAGCAGAUACAACAACUGGAUGUACAUACAAACGCAAACACUGGUGGCAUGUCCCCAGUGAUGGAAGGAGGUGGGGGCCCCAUGGUGCCAACCAUUUCUGCGGUGCCCAACAGACCUGAUGGGGUGCAGGGUGGACCAGCUGCCCCUGGUGUUGUCGCACAGCCCAGAGCAGCAGCAGACCCUGAGAAGCGUAAGCUCAUCCAGCAGCAGCUGGUGCUGCUCCUGCAUGCAGACAAGUGUCAGCGCAAAGAGCAGAGCAAUGGAGACAUCAGACAGUGCAACCUGCCACACUGCCAGACGAUGAAAAACGUCCUGUCGCACAUGACGAUGUGUCAAGCCGGCAAGACGUGCCUCGUGCCGCACUGCGCUUCAUCUCGUCAGAUCAUUUCUCACUGGAAGAAUUGUGCACGUCUGGAAUGUCCGAUUUGUGAGCCUGUCAAGACCACUGAUAAAAAUAAACAAAAUCCAAACAAUAAUAACAACAUGGCUGCCAAUGCUGCUGCUGCUCCGGGCAUGACUGGCCGUCGACAACAACAGCAGCAGCAACAAAAGCAAAUCGGGCCGCAGCUCAUCCACUCCCUGAGCCCUGGUCACCGCCAAACUCUGCCGGCAGGACAUCAACUCAACCUCAUGUCACCAAAUGCUACAUCGAACAUGGUUGUGGGCGCUCCAAAGCUGCCCAACGUUUCCUCCUCAAUGGGCGCAAUGACUCCAAGCAUGGCGGAGUCUUGGUUGAAUUUACCCAACCAUCCUGGGCAGCUCCCUGGCAGCAUGGUGGUGACGGCACGCCACUCAGAAGGCACCAAGGAGUGGCACCACAGCAUCACUAGUGAAUUGCGUAACCACAUCGUGCAGAGAAUCGUGCAAGCCAUUCUGCCUAGACCAGACCCCAUUACACUGCAGGACCGAAGGAUGCAGAACCUGGUCAACUAUGCCAGAAAGGUCGAGGGCGACAUGUUCAAUGUGGCAAGCUCAAGGCCGGAAUACUACCAUCUUGUGGCUGAGAAGAUAUACAAGAUCGAGAAGGAACUCCAUGAGAAACGCAUGCAGCGCCGCCAGUUUCCUCGAGAAGGCCAGCCUGCCAUUGAUGGAUCCACUGCUCCUCCACCCCAGUCCAUGAUCGGUCCUGUGAACGCUGUCGCCGUGGGCACACACUCAAGAGGGCCCUUCCCUGUUUCCUCGGGCCUCAGCCCAUUCGGCCACUCCGCGAUAUCACAGCAGCAACAACAACAGUGUGUCAGACCCAUGGGUUCUAUCAUGGUGAAGUCCAUGAACGCUUGUGGUGCUCCCGGUAGUCACUCUUUCUCCGUUUAUAUUCCUCCAUGUUCGUUGAUGGGUCCAUCUUGCACGUCCAGCUUCCAUGGAGGCGGCAGCACCAUGGCUCCCUCUGUGAACAACUCCCUCAGACCGCAGCUCGCGCCCCCACCUUACACAUCAACCGCCAUGAAUGUCCCCAACAUCCCUAUUUCUGCUCCUAUAAAAGUUGCUGCGUGCAGCGGAGGUGACAUCUCAAACACUUCGCUGUCACACAUCUCUCAAGCUCCUAAUAUAGCCGCUUCGUCCAGCCCUGCUGUUAUCGACAGCAGCAACUUGAGCCUCCAGUCUUCCUCGCCAUGUACCUCCACAAUGACAAGCUCUUCUUCUGUCCCGGCAGCCACUAGUGGAUCAGCUACUCUUCCUGAUGACAAAACUGAAGUCAUGAACUUCAUCAAGCAAGAACCUAUGGAUAUGGACGUCAAGAAGGAGCCCUCGUCACCUGAGAGCGCUGACGUCAAAGUAAAGAUGGAGAUCAAGACCGAAGUUAAAGAUGAGCAGACUUCACCUGAGAGCGACUUCUAUUCAAAGAAUGUUGAUGGUCUCUGAUGCUCCAUACAUUUAAUGCAAGUGCGCUCUGGUUCGUGAAAGGAGCAAUAGUAACUUAACAUCACAUGUUUUUGGGGAACCCCGUGAUUGAAUCAAAAUCCGUUCCUAGCAGCUCAAAAUAAUAUGUUGAGUUGCAGAUUACUAAGCUUGGUUUCCAGACA